CAAGGAAGACACCGCUGAUCGGGUAAUUGUGAAAUGAUUCUACAUUGAAAUUGACUCUAGAGAGAGCUAAGAAAAAUCUCAUUUCUCAGAGAUACUUUGUUGCCAUCAAGGCUUCAUUUCGUUAUUGURAUUCGCCCAUACUGGACUCGAAAGCUGUAAGUUGACGGUGAACAAGCUUAUGGGUUGUGUCUUACCCUCAAGUCAAAGUAUUUGCCUUUUGCCUGUUUUGACAUGAUUACAAGUAUUUUGUAUUUACUCUUUGCACCGACGCUAUCGAUGCUAGUUUUAUGUUAAAAACCAUGGGCCAAACACGAAGCUUGCCUCGCCUAAGCUAAGCGAGAACAAUUCAAGUAAGAAUGGCAAAAAUGAAAAACACCGAAGGAGAUCAUGAGCAUGAAGAACCUCCACAUGGACUGGUGUGUAGUAAGAUGGAAAAAAUCAUCCAAAUGAUGCAAGAUGAAAAGAAUGGUGUUGCAAUUAGAACUGUUAAAAGCUUUAUGUCCAAAAUUCCUAGUGUUUUAACAGGAUCAGAGCUUAUUGAUUGGAUGGUAGAACAUCUAGGGAUUGAAGAUAGAGGUGAGGGUGUUCAUCUUGCGUCACUGCUAGCAGCGUAUGGAUAUGUCUUCUCUAUAACAGACCAUCAUUUAAUGGUCAAAGAUGACGGUUCUUACUACAGGUUUCAGACACCAUACUUUUGGUUAUCAAAUUACUGGGAGCCAGAAAAUAUAGACUAUGCUGUUUAUCUAUGCAAAAGAACCAUGCAAAACAAAUCAAGGCUAGAACUUGAUGAUUAUGAAGCUGAAAAUCUAGCAAAGCUUCAAAGAAUAUUAUCGUGGAAAUGGGAUUUUAUUUUCAUGCAAGCCGAAGCUCAAGCUAAGGUUGACAAGAAAAGAGAUAAAAUGGAAAGACAAAUUUUGGAUAGUCAAGAAAGAGCUUUCUGGAAUGUGCACAGACCACCUCCUGGAUGUGUCUCWGUCACAGAGGUGGACAUCAAGAAAGCUUGCAAAACAGAUGUUUCUCCCAAUACAAGACGAAAGGCCAAAUUAUUUCAUACUGGUAUGUCAGUGYUAGAAAGCUCUUCACCAGCAGCACCAUUUCACUUUACUGCUCUUGAUGAAGUGAGAUGUGAGGUACAAGAACUCAAAGAGCAACUUCAUAGAAGGAGGAUGAAAACAUCUCAAGCCUCAGAAAAUUUAAUUCAAAGAUAUGAACAAUAUUCAGAGUACGAUUCGUUUGUGUCAUGCCCCGAGCCUUCUAAUCCAUGGAUAACAGAUGAUAUCACAUUAUGGGAGCAAGAUAAAUCUUUCUUCUUGUUUUGCAGACAAUAUGUUCCUCCCAAGAGAGUCAAACGAUGGGGAUUCUCUUUGUCUGAACUUCUUCAAGAUCCACUUGGAAGAAGACAUUUUACAAGAUUCCUCGAGAAGGAAUUUAGCGCAGAAAAUUUAGGAUUYUGGUUAGCUUGCGAGCAGCUCAAAGCCACACCCGUGAAACACGUACCAGAAAAAGCAUUUGAAAUUUUUAAUGAAUACUUAUCAAAAGACGCUACAUCGCCAAUUAAUGUGGAUUGUAAAACUCAUGAAGAAGUAGAGCUCAACCUAAAAGAUCCUGGCAGGUAUAUGUUCGAUGCWGCKCAGGACCAUAUAUUCCAGCUGAUGAAAUCGGACAGUUACAGCAGAUUUCUGCGAAGUGAGCAAUACAAGGAACUCGUUAAGGCUCCUGCAUUCAAACAGAAAAGCCCACUUCCAACCCGACCAUUGCAGAAUCUUGCCCGCAUCGCAGGCUCWAAGUCCUGACUUGGCCAAGAAGAUAAUUUCUUGUUAAUGGAUGAUUUUAUAAGACAAUGUUUGAUUGUUGAAUUCACAAGAUUGAUAAAUAAUAAUAAUUAUUAUUAUACAGUAGGUAUUUUUUUAAUUUUUUUUCUUUCUGUUAGAGAAAUUUGAWUUUUUUCCCCUACAAUUCUAGGCAAAUUACGAUCUGAUUUCUGACGUUGCUGAAUAAAGAAAUGAUUGAUUUGAAUAACCAAUGCCUAUAUAAAGUAAACUGUUUUAGAAUGAGCUGAUUUAGAGUAUAUGAAAAAACCGCUUUCAGUUCAAAUACAAAAAAAUAAUCCAAGGUCAGUUGAAAACGAAAAGUAGAACUUGAAUUCGUCCGUGGCAUUUCUUUAUCAGUAAAAACACAUAUUCGGUCGUCUCAUGAUUUGCAAAACAUCAAGUGACAAAAAACAAAUGAGAGACGAACCUGGCAAAAGAGUCAGAAAGGCUAGUGAUGGCAAGAGCGCAUAAAUGAUUCCCUAUUUAUACUCUCUUAGCAUUGAUGGUCAUUUAUGAAUAUAACUCGCUUAAGAAUCAUUUAAGGCGCCUUUAGAUUGACUUAAGCAAAUUUUAGUUGUACAUUUGUGUUAGAGAAUUUACCAAUAAAUGAAAAAUUUUCUCAACUUUCA